AAAUGGGAGCUCUCCAGGAACGUAUUAUGGCCUUAGAAAUGAGCACUCGAGCAGCUUUAGACCAUCUGGAAUCUGUUCCUGAGAAACUGAGCCUGUUAGAAGAUUUGAAAGAUACUGGAGAGUCCCAUUGCCGAAUGGAGAUGAUUGAGGAACGGUAUAUGAAGUAUAAAGAGAUAGUGAGUUCUUUACAGCAACAGCUGGAAGAUUCAAAGCGAAGAGACCAAGUCAAGGACGUGAAAAUGGAUGCUGAGAUUUCUGAUGUAGAAGUGACUCCUCACUCUUCUAGUUGGCAAACUCAAAACAACUUUUUGUCCAGCUCACUGCUCUCAGAUUCAGGUUCACUUAUGAAAAGAAUGGUUCCUUUUGACACAAGUGCCACCAAGGAAGAUUCUACCAGUGUUGCUGGCAGUGAAAUGAAGCUGCAAGCAGAAGGAGGAAAGCAGUAGAACAUUUUACGAAACCACACCAGUUUUCUCUGUGGUAAAUUCCAUUCCACUCUUUUUUUGUUUUUGAAAAGUAGUUAUUCCAUCUGCUACAGGAGUGAUGCACCCUUAAUGAUUCAUGAAUUGCCAAACAUUGAAAUGAAAGAGCACGAAGAGUGAUCCUGAUGAAGUCUUGUGAAAAUUUACGUGACUCGUACAACAAAGGCUUUCUGGGAUUUUUCUAUUCUCUUGUAUUUGUUUCUCCAAUACUGCUAGACUAAAUUUAUUAUGUUCCUGAUGUAUUAUCAAGUGAAAUACCUGUGACAUUAAUCUUAGCUAUGACCUUAUUUACUCCUAUACAGGAAUUUUUUGACAGUUGUUUUUUAUUGCAUUCAAUAACAUUACUAAUAACGAAAAAAUAUCCAGAAAUUACCUAUUAUUAUGGGAGUCCUUAUAAAGUGUUGUAAAGACACAUUUGUGAUUGUAGAUUCUUCAGUUUGCAAAAAUCAUUUAAGAAAGAAGUGAUAAACAAAGUGAAAUCUUCUCAAAGAUUUUGAAAAUUCAUAUCUUGGUUUCAGGUUCAGCAUAUAUCUGUUAUAAGCUGUCUCAAAUUAUUCUUCUGGCCAGAGCAGUUUUAUCAGAUGGCCUCUGAUAAGGCACUUUAAAGCAUCUGAAUCUCACCCUUCUGUAUUAAAAGUGUAGAAUGGCACUGCUAUGUGGCUGUGAAAAUUUUAAUAUCAGGGUUUAAUGAUCAUUUAUUUAUUCUGUUUUGUUCUCUAUUAGAGAAGAUGUGGCAUAUUGAUUGUAAAAUGAUACAGAAAUAUGAUAUUGCACAUUUUUAUUUGUUCAGAUAUCUAUAUUCUAAACAAAUUGGAUACAAUUUUGCAUUACAGUGGUCUCAAAUAGCAUAUCACAGAAGAAUUUUCUGCUGUCAAAAGAAAUACAAGUGUUUCUGAUGGUCCUUGUUUUAUUCUCCUCUCAAGUGCUUCUGGCGCAAUCACUAGUAAUGUGCUUUAAAAGAUUUGCCAAAUCUGUCAGAGUACUGUAGCAACAUUAACACCAUUGAAACCAGUUUGUUUUGUAGACUUCUUUCUAUUUAGGAAACCUAUUUUUUCUCUGAAGCACUGUCAUUUAUUAGCACAUUUAUUAGUAGGUGUCUCAGGCAUAAUGCACAGGUCACCUCAAAA